CAAAACCGGAAAAAGAUAAACAACGAUAACAGUGAUAAAUAGCAAAUAAAUAAAUAAUAACUUUUUGGUAAAAAGCUUGUUUAUACAUAUGUUUACGCAGAUUAUACAAAUUCUCUUAUAGUGGGAUAUUUGUUGUCAAGAACUUUUCAAUAAAAGUAAUAUUAAUCUGCUAUUAUCGGCGUAAAUAUCAAAGUUCAAGGGUGGAAACAUUAAAAACCACACAGCACGAAAAUAAAGAAGUCGCCUUUUUUGUCAACAGAAAAAUAAAUUUGAAUAAUAUGUCUCUUGGAAAAUUAGUGGGAUCCAUUGAUGAAGGAACAACAUCAGCCCGUUUCAUGAUUUUUCGAGCCGGUACCAACAAGGUUGUUUGCUAUCACCAAAUUCCCGUACCAUCUAUUUAUCCGCAGGAAGGAUGGGUGGAACAAGAUCCUAUUGUUAUAUAUAAUGUGGUAAUUGAGUGCAUUGAGGAGGCCGUAAAGAAACUCCAGAAACUGGGAGGUUCGGUAGAGGACAUCGUUGCUAUAGGUAUUACUAACCAAAGAGAAUCAACAAUUGUUUGGGAUCGGGAGACGGGUAGACCAUUACAUAAUGCCAUUAUUUGGCUGGAUAAUCGCACAUCUAGUACGGUUGAUGAACUAGUUGAGACAAUACCAAACAAAUCACGUAAUAUAAAUUAUUUAAAACCGCUAUGUGGUCUCCCCCUUUCCCCGUAUUUCUCUGCGUUGAAAAUGCGUUGGAUGCGCGACCAUGUUGGAGAAGUUCAAAGGGCGAUGGAAGCCAAUACCUGUCAAGUUGGGACAGUUGAUACUUGGUUGAUUUAUAAAUUGACAGGAGGUCCUAAUGGAGGGGUUCACCUGACUGAUGUGACAAAUGCUUCUCGUACCAUGCUAAUGAACAUAGAGACGUUAAGAUGGGACCCACAUCUGUUGCGGUUUUUUGGCUUACCACUUUCUAUGUUACCACAGAUACGUUCAAGUGCAGAGCAUUAUGGUGAUGUAACGGUUAGCAUUUUAAAAGGUGUCCCCAUUACGUCAUGUUUAGGAGAUCAACAGGCGGCACUUGUAGGCCAACAAUGUUUGAGCCAUGGGCUUGCAAAAUCCACGUAUGGAACGGGAUGUUUUCUUCUCUAUAAUACGGGAACAUCAAUAGUGCAAUCUAAGCAUGGUUUAUUAACAACAGUCGGUUAUCAAUUGGGACCACGAGCACCGCUAAUGUAUGCAUUAGAAGGUAGUGUUGCAAUUGCUGGCGCCGCCAUAAAUUGGAUGAAAAAUAAUUUGGAAUUAUUCGAUUCGGUUAGUCAAGUUGAAGAGAUGGCCAGCAAAGUCGAUAACUCUUUAGAUGUUUAUUUUGUUCCGGCAUUCAGUGGACUAUAUGCACCAUAUUGGAAUCAAGAGGCUCGCGGUGCCAUUUGUGGUUUGAGUGAAGAAACAACCAGUGAACAUAUUGUACGUGCUACUCUUGAAGCUAUCUGCUUUCAAGUACGAGACAUUUUAGAAUCAAUGCGUAAAGACUGCGGCAUACCAAUGACGAAAUUAAUGGUUGAUGGUGGUAUGACCGCGAAUAAUUUAUUUUUACAAUUGCAAGCCGAUCUGGUAGGCAUUAGUGUGGUUCGCGCUAAAAUGCAAGAAACAACUGCUUUGGGUGCGGCUUUGGCAUCUUAUAUGGUUGUAGAACCUAGCUUUGACAUCACUGCACCGCUUGCUGGCAGCUCAGGCCAAAUGACCACUUUUAAACCAACUAUUGGAAGUCACGAAAGAAAUAUGCGUUACAAAAAGUGGAAAAUGGCUGUGGAACGUUGUAUGAAUUGGGAUACUUCAACAUUGACCGAAGCUUCGAAACUCGACUUCUAAGUUUCGGAUAGUGAAUAAUUUUUAUAACCUGAAUAGGGCAUAUUAACUUUGUCACGAAGUUUGUAACACCCAGAAGAAAGGG